AUGGCAGUUACUGGUCAGCCAAUUCAUUGGUACAAUCCAUUGAACGGAUCUCUGAAAACGGUAGUGCUGAGGGCUGCGGUACACGAGGCUCCUGCCCUCUUAUGCGAGCCUACCAAAAUGGACCAAGCACCGACCCAGAAGGAUGUAGAACAGGACAACCUGCAGCAUCUAUUAACAGUACACCCUCAACCCACUUACUGUAACGACGCUUUCCAUUUUGCAAAGAAGAGGUGGCUUCCUCCGCAAUCGAGCUCGGACUAUGUUGAGCAACUUUCUCCUGGCUCCUCCUCGCCGGGUUCGUCAUCUCGCCCGGAACGUUCACCUCAUUGGGUAACAUCAACGGCGACAUUGGCGGAAACGACGCCACCAAUCAUCGUCGAAGGGGCAUGUCUCAUCAUCUGUGGUAUCCUCUUUGGCAUCUACUCGACCUGGGUGCUGAGACGCGUCAAGUUGAUUCACCACAAGGAGAUCAACGAGCGUGACCUCGAGAAUGGCGACGCUAGUAUUGAGAAAGGUGGGCAAGAAGAGAGGUAUCCAGAAUUGGAAAAAGGAAAGACCAGCGAUGUUGUCGAGGAUAAGAACAAGGGAGAAAUUACGGAGGAGAGAGUAGUGGAGGAGCCAACUCAGGAAUCUGCUCAAGACCAUGUCAUGGACAACGACAUGAAGGAAGCCACAGGAAUGGAAGCAACAAAGGCCGAAGAACCGAUUCAAGUGGAUGACAAGGUUGAUCAGACGGACAGGGAUGAAGGAAAAGCUGUAGAGCUUAAGAGCAAGGUGGUUCAACCAGGCCAGGAGCCUGCAAACCUCGCCGACUCGACCUCUGCACAUAGUGGUAAUCCCAGCUCCACCGACACAUAUGAACCACAAUUAUCCAUCUAUCGAUCUACUACGAAGUUCGGCGAUACGCUGGUACCGUUGAAAUUGGGAUGCCAUUUGGAGGUGUUGGUGGUGUCAGGUCAUCCAAAGAGAGCUAGACUGACUCAAAUAGAUGCAAGGCGAGUACAACCAAAUAUGUACAGCGAGAAUAAGAGGGAGACGGCAGAAGAUGGGCUCGACGAACGCCCGCUUGAGGAUGGUCGAAACCAAGGCGUGACCUCGAGCGGAGGUUGA